AUGCUCGUCCUCGAUCCCGACGCGCCGUGCGAUGGCAUAACCCUCGAAGAGCUGCUCGAUGGCAAGGAGCCUUUGCGCCACCUCAUGCACGAUGCCGAGCUCGACGGGGUCAUCGCGUCGGAGGGGCUGGCACGCGCGUCAAAAUCCAAGUCUGAGCUCCUGACUGUUCUCCCUCAACAAUCUCAUUCGAUUGAAGAUGGUCUUCUCAAGCUUUCGUUUGCGCAUGAAUGGGCGGAUGUGCCCAAACCGCUGUCAAUAUCUCUUGUUGUGGACGCGUCACCGGGUUGUGGAGGUCUUGCCUGGCCUGCUGGACAAAUCCUUGCUAGCUAUCUCGUACAAAAGGGACCGGAUUAUGUCAAGAACAAGAGCAUCCUCGAACUCGGCAGUGGUACUGGACUGGUUGGGUUGGCUGUCAGUGUCUUCCCAGAGACGAAUGUGUGGAUCACAGACCAGGCCCCGCUCCUCGAUAUCAUGAAGCGCAACGUUUUACUGAACAACUUGAAAGCAACAGUUACCGUGGCGGAGCUCAACUGGUCGGUUUCCUCUCUAUUGCCAUAUGUACCUGAAGACAUUCCCCGUCCGGACAUCAUCCUCGCCGCCGAUUGCGUAUACUUCGAGCCGGCAUUUCCACUCCUUGUCCAAACACUUAGUGAUUUGUCGGAUACGUCGACGAAGAUUUUGUUUUGCUAUAAGAAACGGAGAAAGGCAGAUAAACGAUUCUUCGGAAUGCUGAAGAAAAAGUUCACUUGGAAAGAGGUCAUGGACGACCCAAAUCGACAGAUCUACAACCGAGAGGCGAUCACCCUCAUACGGUUGUUCAAAAUCGACGCCCCUAAAGUCCUCCACUAG